UCCUGGGGACGAGGUUAAAAUUCUUGAAGCAUGUUUAUUUAUUGAUGACGCUGCAUUGCUUCGGACUCGGAUUUUCAUUUUGCAGAAUUACAUUACAAUGGCUUCGUUUUCAGUUAGCGGUUUUUGAAGUAUAUAAUGGCUACCUCCGGAUAUCGUUUACCGUGUGUGUAUUGUGUUGAGGGAACCUCUUUUCCAAGUAGUGAGGCCCUAAAGAAACAUUUAGUGAGUUCGCACGAAAGUUUGAUUAGUAGAUCAAAGUCUCUUGCGUCACGCCAUGUCAAAUCUUCGAGUGGUAUUUCCUUACCAGAUGCCAGCGUUAAACUUAAAAGUGACACCUUUUUACCUCAAUCAAGUGCUGAUUCAGCAUUUAUUGACAAAAGCUAUUCGAGUGGCGUGUUUGGAUCUGAACAAAAAAGCCGAGCUUCCAUGGACAAUACCGUCCCUGCAAUCUCAUCCAUGAAGAUGAAGCUUUUACUUGAUAGAAUACAGAGGAAGGACGAAACCAUAGAAAAUUUGCUUAACGAGAAUGAACGUUUAAAAACUGAGAGUAGAACAAAAGACGAAGAGCAGAAUCGAGUUCGACAGAAAUGGAAAGCACAAGCCGAAGAUAUGUUGAGAAUUCUUAAAACCGAACAACGCGAGUUGGUUGCUCAAAACCAAUUGUUGGAAAGACAACUCCGUGAUAGUCAGGAAGAAAAAAAUAAACUUCGCGAUGAAAAUGAUAAAAUUACUAAAGAACACGCAAAUUUGCAGCUUAUCGUGACUAAAAACAAACGUAUUAACGAACAACACGCAGACCGUGUAUCAAUACGAAAAGAAAGCGAUUUUACCGUAAGAGAAUUGUCAUUCCAGGUUGAAACACUCAAAUCUGAGAAAGCAUCAUUGCAAGCGGUGUUAUCAAGCAAGGAAAACGCUAUUAAGAUGCUUCAGACAAAACAGGAAGAACUUGUUGCUGAUUUGCGAAUAGAAAGAAACAAAAACAGCGAUUUGAACAGAGAGAGGGUUUCUCUUAAAGGACAGCUAGCCUUGCUUGAAGCUACCUACAUUCAGUCAGAAUCUGACGUGGAAAUGCAGAAAGAGAGUGUAACAAAUCUAUCAUCUAAACUCAAUCGCUUGGAGAUAAACAAAUCAGAUUUAGACAAACAAGUAUGGUCGUACACUCAAACGAUCAAAUCUCUUCAAAACGAUGUCGAAUGCUUGAAAACAGAAAAGCGAAAGAUGAUCGAGAAGCUUGAAAAGACAGACAGUGUGUUGAGCAAACUUUCCGUCCGUGUAUCUUCGCCACCGCAGGGAAAACAUGCACCUCGUACUAUUAACGGGACAGGGUCUAGUUAUAAACACGAGGAAUCGAAGCAAAGUUUUGAGCAAUUAUUACACGCUGUAAAGCAACUCGCUUCGAAGAAUGAACACUCGUCGCAUGAAGAAGUAACUCGACUGACGAGUCAACUGCAGGACGUAAAUAUGAAGUUAGUUGACGAAAAGUCUAACGCUCUUGAACUGAAAAGAAGAGUGGUAGAACUUGAAUCGUACCUGGAGCAGACCGGAGACGUCGAAGAAUUAGUGAAGAAGCAGUUUACUGACUUGCAACUGCUUCGAAGUAAACACCAGAUAUGUCUAAGAAAAGACAAAAUACGGAAACAACUUAAAGCUGAUAAAAGAAGGUUGAAGCGGAAGUAUGACAACGUUGUGAAAGAAGUUCAACUUUUAACCGUGCUCUAUAACUCAGCCAAAGAAGAACUCUCUCACAAGGACCAGGUUCUAAAUGAUUUGAACGCAGAACGGAAAAAUUAUCAAGACUCUCAUCAACACGCGCGUGAGGAUCUAAACGAGUUGCAGAAGGAAAUCUUGCAAAAAGAAGUAGCCGUGGAGAAGUACAAGCGGGAGAGUUGUUAUUUGUUAGAGAAACUAAAUACAAGUACGGAGGAGGUUAGCACGUUGAAAGAUAAAAAUGAGAGUUUGGAAAUAAAACUGGAGGAUUUUAACGAUCUAAAACUUGUUAAAGAUGGCAUGAGAGAAUUAAUAGACACUUUAUCGCAAAUUCGUAAUGAGACGAAGGGCAGCGCAGAAAACAAUACAGCUGGCGUUGAAUCAUUGGUUAAGCGAAACAUCGAAUUAACCAAUGAAAUUGCAACUUCCCAUCGUAAGAUCUACAAUGGAGAACGCCUGGUUGAAUCGCUAAAACAGAACAUUGAAGAACUUGAGAAUGUUAAAGCUACUAACGAAGCUGAAAUCGAACGAUUACUUUGUGAGUUAGAUCGAUUCAAGGAAAAUGCACCGCGGUCACCUACAGAAUACGAUUCCAUCAUUGAGAAUUUAAUACUUGAAAAAGAAAUCUUAUCUUCGCGUGUUCUGAUAUUAGAAGGGAUUCGUGAAGAAAUGGAAUUUCUAAGAGAAGAAAAAGAAAAGUUACGUGAAGAAAACGAAGAACAAAAAAGAAAAAUGGCUGAAUUUUUACAAAACGCGUCCCGUUUCACAGUACCAGAUAUCGGAAACGAAGAAACUGUACUCAUUCAAAAAUAUGAUAGUGAUGCCAGCGAAGGUGACUUUCUGGAAAGUGUUAAAACGUUAGAUCACUUGGAUGAAGAAGACAAAGUGCGACUGAAAGAAAUUCUUUCAAUGCCUGACUUCCAAGACUUCUUGUCUCGAAGUAGUAUGGUCAUUGAUCCAAACGACUCAGAUGAUGCAACGGACACCCCAAAGCCCGAUAAUCUGAAUUCGGACUGUUUUGAAGAAGUAGAACACGUAGUCAACUAUAUAACUGGUACCGAUGCUGAACAGGACUUAGCAGAGGCGGACUCUGCGGAGCCGGACUCUGCGGAGCGUGUGCAAAAAAACUACACAAAGAGUGCCGAAGAUAGAAAACGAUGCGCUGCGGUCGAUAAUACAGUUGAGCAAAAAAGUUUGGAUAAAAUUUUCACAGAAUCUAAAAUUAUCCGCGAUGAUGUCGCAUUGCAAAACCAAACAAAGCUAAAUGCUGAUACCAGUAAGAUAUUGCAAGAAUUUAACAGAGUCUUAAAAGCUUCCAGUACAGAUUCCUCGCCAAGAAGUGGUCAUGGUAACAGUCCUAGCAAAACAAAGCAAGUUCAGUUCUCUAAUCACGUAGUAAAAUUUCUGCAGCCCGAAAACAAAAGAGGUGGCAAUGUUGGCCAACCUUUCGAUGAUACAUCGUUUUAUCGUAGUUACUUCCAGGAAGCGUUAGGAAUAACUUAUCCCAUGUUGACCCGCUUAGACGAUGAAGACAUUGAGAGAGAUCUUGACGAUGCUUCGUGCAGUUCAAAUGCAUCUCUCGGACAAAGUCCUACUCAAGGGGAAAACUGCUCCGAGGAACAAACUAACUCUGCUAAUAGCGCCAUCUUUAACACAUCAAGCACGUUACUGAACAGUAAACCAACACAUGAUGCUUCUCAAGAUAUUUUUAUUUCUCCAAAUGCCUCAAAGACUAAAAGGAGUGGAAUCUUGAGUCCUCUUCUUGGAACAAGAACCAGUAUGGAAUUAUUCAAAUCACUAUCAGAACCUUCAGCGUUCACCGUUCAACAACCGCAACGCUUCUGCAGCGACAAUACGUUUGAUAGAAGGAAUAAGAGAGUAGGAGUGCUACCGCUGAUAUGUGAGCUUGAGAACGAGGAAAACACAGCAAUGGUGAACACGUUUACGCACAGAGAAAAGGCUGCGGAUGCAUUAAAUAUUUUAAGAUCAUUCAUCAGUAAAGCCGAUGAAGCAACUCAAGGUAACGCUGCAAGGGCUUUUGAAGCACAAGAUGCAACGUGCGAUGAUGAUGUUGCUGACCAAACUAGUGAAAGAACAAUGUCCAGUGACCAUCUAAAAAACAGCAGCAGCUUAGGUAUUUCAGUGGAUGACGACAAUCUUUUUCAGGAUGGAGACAUCAACGUAACGGACAAUGCAUUUCCAAUUGAAAAAUCUCAUCUCCAACGUGCAGAGAAUGAUCAAUUCAAAGCCAGCACACCGAGUGUACCGAUGCAUAGACCGGUAUCUUUUGAUUUCUCUGAUGGCAGCUUGAAUAACCUGGAUUUAUUUUAUCAGAAAGUAGAAGAUACAUGACUUCUUAUUUCUUGUAGUGAUAUACUGUAAAAGAUUUUAUUGCUCCCGUUUUGUGCGUGGCGCGCUUGAUUCAAAUUUUACAUCCAUUUCGUAAUUAUUAAGAGCGGUUACUAUAAAUGACCGAUUAAACGCCGAGGUCUUUAUGUCGAGAUUUUACCCUGAGUGUUUUUUUUUGAAGAGACGUACAUUUGGCCCUUUAAUGCCUGAAUGUUUUCUAAAUUUUGAAUAUUAGGGAAAUUGUUAACAGCUGCCUUAAACAGAGCCAUUUAACUACCUAUAAAGUGGUAGUUUCGAGCAGAAAAAAAAAUGUGCACAAUAUAUUUUUCGCGAAAGAUUUUUUUGUUUUUUGAGAUUUCAACCUGGACAUUCAUUUGUGCAAACAUGGGCCUGUGUAUUCGGUCAUUUACUGUAAUCUUAGCUUUGUAUUGCUUUUACGUUAUAUGAAUACCUGGACGACUUCAAAUAAUAUUCUUACUAAUUCCUCUCACCUUAUUGGUAAAAAAAAAGUUGGCAAAAAAAUUAGUCGGCAAAAGUAUUAGUCACUUGGACAAAAUUUAGUUACUUUUGCCGACUUAAUUUUUGAAUUUAGUCACUUUUUGCCGACCAAUUUCUAGACCAAAAUGAUCAACAAAGUUGAGAUUUUGAAGGGUUUUUUAAACAACAACAACAGUAACAAAAAUGUUUAUAGGUUUUUCCUGUUUCCUUCACCGGAAAUGUUGAUAAAAUAGUAUGAAAAUAAAGAGUAAUUGGAUAAACUGAUAAAAAUUAGCAACCAAGGAAGAAAAAACGGCAAAAAAAAUUCGUCUGUAAAAAAUCAUCAAAAAGUGGUGUUUUUGCAAGGGUCGAAAAAAAAAAGUCACCAAAAACUUUUGGUGAGUAAUAAAAAAGUCGGCAAGAAAUAUUAGUCACCUAGCCAAAAUUUCACUUUUUGCCGACUUUUUUUACCGAUAUUUACCUUAAUGCCAUUAAUUUUCGUGCGUCUUUUAUUUUCACGCAGGAAAGGUGCGCGAAAAUAAAAGGCGCGCGAAAAUUAAUGGCAUUAAGGUAUAUAACUGACUUUUACCGACCAAUGCUUGUUAUAGUAAAUAGUAUGUGAAAUAAAUAGACUGUAUUUCUUGUUCUGUUUUUCCGAUUCUAGUUAAGUUGUGUGUUGUUUAGCGCAAUGCCAUGCUGACGUAAGCCGAAAGAGAAACAAACAUUAACGUUUUUUUCUUGAAUUUCAAUUAUCAGCACUUAAGUAAGAUAAUUUUUUACGGCUAUAUUAAUAUGUUUGCAACUAAAUUUACAGGACCAUUUCCCUUGGCAGCAUGGGACAACAAAUUUAGAUUUGGUAUACUUUUUGUAGUAGCAA